UCUCCUGCUGCCCCGCUACCUUCUUCGCUGCCCCCUUCUCCUGGUAUGCAUCCCCAGGCCCGUCUAGGACACCCAGAGGCUGGGCAGGCUGGUGGAUGGGCGGGGCCAGGACUCAGGAAGGUCCUUGGUGGAUUCGAUGUGGAGCUGGAGCCUCUUGCCCUCGGCCAGUCGCUUAGUCGGUGUGCGCGCGGACAGUCGGGGACUCCAGAAGCUGAGGCGCCUCGCGGACUUCGUUGCUGAGCCGAAUUACCGCCGCUGCAGCGUGAGACUCUGUCGUAGAACAGUGACCACGAGAAGCACCAACUAGCGACUCACCGGGAUGGGUUGGACAACCAGAAUACUCAUCGUGUCCCUAUUAGGACUCGUGGCAUGCCAGCAGCGGUCUAUAAGCGGCGGAGGUCGGCGACGACAACGAAUUUCGGCAAGCAAGUCCAGCCAAGCCUCCUUUAACUGUCCGCAGGACUUCGGCUACUACCCUCACCCGACGGACUGCACGCAGUACUACGUCUGCGUCUUCGGUGGAGCACUUCAGGAGUCCUGUACCGGAGGACUCGUAUACAGCCACGAGCUGGAGACGUGUGACUGGCCUCGCAACGUGGACUGCAACCCGUCCUCUGGUGGCUCCGGUGUCUCCACGGUCAAGGUGACUGAUCCCAGGACCCAGAGCACUAGCUCAUCCAGGGCUGCCACCGAGGCCCUCACACCAUCCGUCGGCAGUUUCGACCCUCGCUUCGACCACACCUUCAGUUCCUCCCAGACCCACCACACCGCCAGGCCUUUCGAGGACGGGGAUCGAAGCGGCAACCAGCGAGCCCUCUUCCGCCAGUCGACCAGCCCCAAGCAACAGGCUCUCACUUCUUCUCAUUUCUCCCAGCAGGCUUUCUUCGACACCCCAGUGGCUGAGCAGAACGGCCGACGGUCUCAACAGCUCAUCGCUAAACCCGUCACCGUACGACCACAGGUGUUCAGGCCAACCACCGUGAGGUCACUGACGGCUCUUAGGCCUACCCAGCCAGCCUCCCCACACUCACCUCCUCUGGUCAACGACAACAACUACACCGAUCUCAACUUCACUGAUAACGACUUCUUGUAUUACUACGAUGACCUCCUAUACGACUACUACGACCCUAAUACCCAAACAGCACCCACUACCCAGCAGCCCGUCCACCGACCUGCAGCAACUCACUCACCUAUAAGGGAGGAAGUAGUUGCUACCAGGGGAGUGGAGUUCGUGACUCGACCUCCACCACCUCCACCAACCACGACCACCUCCACCACCACAACCACCACCACCACCUCUACCACUAGCACAACGACUACUACCCCCCGUCCCCGCACUACUACUACUACUACCACCACCACUACCACCACUCCCGCUCCCAAGAAUGCCCCAAAACUGAGGCCCAUUCCUGUCAGAAUGCGUGUGGAGCCUUCCUCCAAGACAUUCGUCAGAGGAGGAGAUUCUUCCAGAGGAGAAGCUUCCUCCUUCCGUUCCUCCUCUUCUUCCUCUCCCUCUUCCUCUCUUCGGGCAGCCAGCACCUCCUCUAGGACCUCCGCGGCCUUUGAGCACCAAGAACCUGCCCCUUCAUCACCCUUCUCAAACUCCAGGGACGGUAUAACCAAGGCCUUCGAAAUUUCCGACUUUGACUUUGAUUCUACACGCCCCGUCUCGUCCUUUUCCUUCUCCGGAAUUCCCGAUCCUCAGCCACCCACCCUCAGUCCUACCAAAGUCACUCCUACCUACCAACCACAACCUAACAGACAACAUAAACAAUCCCAUAAUGCCCGUGUUGAGUCUGACUCGAGGUCAGCCUCUCACUCUCCCUCCUCACUUUCCUUCUCAUCCUCUCCUUCGCAGUCCUCUGUUUUUUCACACUCCCAGCCCUCUGAUGUGCCCCAGAGCGCCCCACCACCUCACUUUGCGAGAAUCCCAGCAAUUGGGAAUGCUAAGACGGUCCACAGUCAGGAACAGGGAAGCUCGUUCUCUCAGUCAGCGUCCCAGGCACUGAGAGCCCUGUCCAAUAUUCCCACCGCCUUCCCAGAGACUCUUUCCGACACCCCAGAUGACACUCCCAUACAAGAAUCAUUCUCAUCCUCUUCCUCUUCCCGAAUCCCCAGCACUAGACCAACCCUAAAAUCCCUAUCCUCUCAGUCCUCUUCCACCAAUUCUGGUUCCUCUAGGUCAUCCAAGAAUCCUUCGAGCAGGAGCAACACGAGACAGCCUAACUCAAACCGAAGUCCUCCCAGAGAAUCUUCCACCCCCUCUCUUGCUGCCGUCGACUCAUCUGUGCCAAAGAGGAGUAGCCGCAUCACCUUGAAGCCUGUGUCAGUGCUCGCUCCGUCAGCACCCUCGCGAGAUAUCUGGAGAUUCCCCCCGAGGAGGCCUGCCCCUCAGGGUCCUACUCCUCCUGUUGACACCAAGGCUACUAAGUGUGAUCCUAAACUUUGCCGCCUUCCUGACUGCUAUUGUGGAGGCAGAGACAUCCCAGGCGGCUUCCUCCCAGCCGAGACUCCCCAGAUCGUUCUGCUGACGUUUGAUGACUCAGUGAAUGACCUGAAUAGACCGCUGUAUAAAGAUCUCUUCGAGAAAGGUCGCGUAAAUCCCAACGGCUGUCCAAUCGUCUCAACUAUGUAUGUUUCUCAUGAAUGGACCGAUUAUUCCCAGGUUCAGAAUCUAUAUGCUGAAGGUCACGAGAUAGCGUCUCACAGUAUUCAACAUAGCUUUGGAGAACAGUUCUCUACCAAGAAGUGGGCGAAGGAGAUCGCUGGCCAGCGGGAGAUCCUGUCAGCAUACGGCGGCGUCAAGAUGGAGGACGUGAGGGGCAUGAGAGCUCCCUUCCUUGCCGUGGGUGGUAACAAGAUGUACAGGAUGUUGUGGCAGGAAAACUUCACAUACGAUUCCUCUAUGCCGGUCUACGAGAAUAAUCCACCCAGCUGGCCCUACACUCUCGACUACAGGAUCUUCCACGACUGCAUGAUCCCUCCUUGUCCAACAAAUUCAUAUCCUGGAUUGUGGCAAGUGCCCAUGGUCAUGUGGCAGGACUUGAAUGGAGGUCGGUGCUCGAUGGGUGACGCCUGCACCACACCCCCAGAUGCUGAGGGAGUCUACAAGAUGCUGAUCAAGAACUUCGAGAGACACUACACCACCAACAGAGCGCCGUUUGGUUUGUUCUACCACGCAGCGUGGUUCACCACGCCUCACCACAAGGAAGGUUUUAUCGCCUUCCUGGACACCAUCACAGCUAUGGAUGACGUUUGGCUCACCACCAACUGGCAGCUUAUCCAGUGGUUGAGGGAUCCAACUCCACUCAGCAGGAUCAAGAACUUUGCUCCCUUCAGCUGUAACUAUUCGGACCGCCCCAAGUGCACCACCAAGAAAGUAUGUAAUGUAUGGCACAAGGGAGGAGUGCGCUACAUGAGGACGUGUCAACCCUGCCCGGAGACCUACCCUUGGACGGGAAACACAGGCGUUAACAGUCCUCUCAACGACCCUUAAUCAUCCCCAUCUCUCACAACGAUCUCUCCUACCCUUUCUUUUGGUUUCUUCCUCAGCGGUACCGCCAGCACCACCGCCUCCCUGUCCCUUGCUUCAUUUCCCUAUUCUCCUCCAUCUCCCUUUGUGAUCAUGUGAUAUUUUGUUAUGGUGUGGUGGGUGGCGGGUCCUGAGAGAGCUUACCCUGACGCGGCUGUGACCAUUAAUCUGCAUCAGGUGAAUGCUCCUACCUGAUGACUUUAACAAAUCUCCUAUUUUGUAUUUAUGAUUUUGAAGAAAAAUAGUCGUUCUAACUGGAUAAGUGUGUCGGUGAAUCCUUAUGUGCAGACUCCACAGUAUUCUCUAAAUGGUAUUUACGAUUUGGAAUAAGUUGAGCGAUUAUAUUAGCUGGCAUUUGUCAGAGUUGCGAGCGGCGCCGAUAAAGCAUCCUCUUAGUGUUCCAACCUUACAUGUUUAACUCCACUACUUGUGUCCAGAAACAGUACACACUAACUUUCGGCCACUGGAUCUCCCACUUCUUUUGUACAUGCUUAAGUGCGUCGUUUUUUUUUUAACUGUCAUUGUCAAUCAUGAACCCAGAUGAUUUAGCUAUUUACAGUAUUUCAAGCAUUGGAACGUACAAUUGCACAUGGCUGCUAGUCGUAAAUAUGAAGUGAGGAUCAGUAAACUGAGUCAAUAUUUACGAGUCAUUAUUUCUUGUCCUUGUAGUCUUGUGUUGCGACCAAGCAAGUAAUGUUAUAUUAAAUUUAAAGGAUUUUAAAUACCAACAGAGCAACUUUAUUCAUAUAUAUAUAUAUAUAUAUAUAUAUAUAUAUAUAUAUAUAUAUAUAUAUAUAUAUAUAUAUAUAUAUAUAUAUAUAUAUAUUUAUAUCCUAAUUAAACGAAUUUCAGAUUUCCAUCUGAAAAUACUUUGGUGAUGCAUAGCAAUUACUUUUUCGAUCAAUGAUACUUCCAAUAAUUAAGCUCGUGACACAGAAUAUUUCAACGUCGAGGAGCAAGUUGAUACCAGCCAGUAAAUACUGUUAUGUGAAUGUUACUGAACCUCAUCCUCUUUGUCAGUGUGGCUUAACACCGUCGUCCACACCUUUCCUGCUCUUCUCUGGCGUAAGUUAACAUCACAUGUCAGUGACACAUAGGUACAGCCAAGAAAUAACUGUUCAGUAUAGGAAAAAGGUGAUUGCACCGGCAAUUUUUGUCUUGAGAAAACGAAUAUAUCAGAAUUAUAGCCUUGAAUAUUGGCUAAAGUAUGAUACACUGGCGAAUCAUCUCAGAUUAUGAAUCAAGAAUUAAUACAUCUGUUUACAAUGAGAAUUUGAUCAGGGGAUCAUGAAGUCCCUUUUGCCUUAUACUGUUGAUAAUGACGUGGGUCUCCACAUACAGCAUGAGGAUCCUUAUACCGUGAUACAUGAUGAAUGGUUCUCCUCUCAUUCCUAGGAAGACAUUAAUACGUGACAUGAUCAGAUGAUUUUGAUGUUUAUGUUUUCCUUAGAGUUUAUUUUCCUAUUGAAUUAUAUAAGAAAAUUGACCUUACGGAUGCAUGACUGUCACUCAAAAAUGCCCGAUCCUGCCACCUGUUAAUUUAUGUAGACUAAGGAUGCAAUGUAGAUAUGUAUAUAGAUAUUUCUUUUACUUGUUAUAACUAUAUUAAAAAAAAUAUGGUUAGAAACAAAAUAAUGUGCCGUUGCUAUAUCCGUGCAAUAUAUAAACUAAAGGCCUUAGUUCUCUUCGAAAUUAGGACUUUUGUCAAAUUUAAAUGACUUUAACCUGUUGAUUGGAUAUUAUUCAGCCCUUUUAUUGAGUGGCAUUCCAUAUUAACGUUUAGGAUUACGCCUUUUUUGACUUUUUAUAUUUGAACUAUACAUAUAUAUUAAAAGUUUUUGUCUUUAUGACGAGAGGAAUUUAAUUUUUCCUUUUUUCUCUCGCCUGUGCCAAGAGCACUGUUACCACUCUAAGGUGUCACAAGAUACCCACUGUUACCACACCCAAAUGUCAUGUACUGACCACUAAAACGGAGUUUUGGGUUGAAGAUACCUGGAGUAUAUCUGGAGAGGUUUUCGGGGAUCAACCCCCCGCGGCCCGGUCUGUGACCAGGCCUCAUGGUGGCUCAGGGCCUGAUCAACCAGGCUGCUACUGAAGUUUGCAAACAAAAAAUAUUUUAAGAAAAUGGGAUCUCUACAGAAAACCAAAAAGCUGACAAAAAACAGCUUAUCUAAUGGAAAAUAAGAUCUACGGAAAAUUAUAAUAA